GUAACUGGGAAUGAUUGACUCGCCUCGGCUGAGUAAAGUCCACAUGUACACGGUUAGUGUGUAAAUCAGUAAAAUAUGAGAUUAUAGACACAGUGAAGGUGUUCAGAUCGGAUCUUGUUUAGAGAGUCACUUGGAGGAGAAGUUAUGGCUGAGCAGCCUGUGUUUCUGAGUGAUGACGUGGUCGCUGCUGUACUGAACUAUGGGGAGUUAAUCCCCAGAUUAGAGGCGGUUUUAGGGAAGUUCUCCCGAUGUGAGGGUGCAGAAGUGGUGCAGCCUGUCAGAUCUGUGCUUCCUAUAAACAACCACCACGGGUUCCUGGGACUGAUGCCUGCUUAUAUUGCACAUGAAGGGAUUCUGUGCACGAAGAUGGUGGCGUUUUACAGACGUCCAACAAGAUCCAGUUUACCAUCCACACAAGCUACAGUCCUGCUCUUCAACCCUGAAGUUGGGAAUGUAACUGCGGUUCUGGACGGGAUGGAAAUCACCUGUAAAAGAACAGCAGCUGUAUCAGCCAUUUCUGCCAAGCUGCUGAAGCCGGCUCAGUCUGAUGUGCUGUGUAUCAUCGGUUCUGGUCACCAGGCCGCCAGCCAUUAUGAAGUCUUCACGCUGCUGUUUUCCUUUAAAGAGGUACGUGUGUGCAGCAGGAGACUGGAGACAGCAGAACGGUUCGCUGCAGGGGUCCGGGGCCCCGUUAAAGUGUGUUCUUCAGUGAAGGAGGCAGUACAGGGGGCCGAUAUCAUCAUCACCGUCACCAGCUCCAGUGAACCGGUGCUGUUCGGGGAGUGGGUCAAACCCGGUGCCCAUAUCGCAGCGGUGGGAGCGUGCCGGCCAGACUGGAGGGAGCUGGAUGAUGUGCUGAUGAAAGACGCCGUGAUCUACGUGGACAGCAGAGAGGGAGCGGCGCUGGAGUCCGGCGAUAUCAUUCAGUCCGGGGCUGAAGUCUUUGCAGAACUGGGUGAGGUGUUAAACGGGACGUCUCCUGCUCUACACAACAAGACGACAGUGUUUAAAUCACUGGGAAUGGGGGUACAAGACGCCGUUGCUGCUCAGCUCGUGUUCGACAAGUGGAGGAGCAACCAGCGAGGAACAGAAUGAAGGAUCAACCCUGACCGCUGCAACCCAGGAUACUGCAACACCUACUGAAACUAAUCAACACCAGUGAUUAUGAAUGAGAUUUUAUUUAGUAACACUUACAGUAUUAAAUCACUCACAGAUCUUAAACUCUGCAGUGAUUUUAUCUUUUAUAUUAAAGUUUAUGACUGAAAACACACACGAUGCUUGAUGUUAGAAACUGUCCUUUAAUAACACACACACACACACACACGAUGCUUGAUGUUAGAAACCGUCCUUCAAUAACACACACACACACGUUCUGAUGUUUAUUGUGUUCAUGCUUGUAGAAAUUCUAAUAAAUUCAGUGAUUUAAAGAUU